AUGGCGGAUUAUCAUUUCGUGUACAAGGACGUCGAAGGAACGUCGACGCAAUGGGACGAUAUCCAGCGGAAGUUGGGGAAUCUCCCGGCGAAGGCCCCGGCAUUCAAACCGCCGGCUUAUACUCCGGCACAAGACGAGGCUUCAGCUCCUAAGGACCAGGCAUGGUUCGAUGGGAAGACAGAGGAGGAGCUUGAGGAUCUUGAGGACGACAAAGAUCUCGACGAUGAUCGUUUCCUCGAAGAAUACAGGUUUGCAGCUCGACUCGAACAUUCUGAUUUUUGUAUUUACCAUCUUAAUUGA